UCUUUUACUCUAUUGGUUCUGGGGCCUGGCGCUUUACGGCAGUGUGUCAGGAAAAGCCUCUGAGCGGCCCGUGGUUCGGGAGUUGAGUGGAGGCAACCAGGGUACCCUGUGCUGAUUGGGUCCGGAACCAUGGACGUGGGCGAACUUUUAAGCUACCAGCCCAACAGGGGCACAAAACGACCCCGGGAUGAUGAGGAAGAAGAACUGAAGACACGCCGCAAGCAAACUGGUCCUCGAGAACGCGGCCGCUAUCGCGAAGAGGAGGCCACGGCAGCCGAAGACACAGCUGAUGACAAGAAAAGGCUGCUGCAGAUUAUUGACAGGGAUGGCGAGGAAGAAGAGGAGGAGGAGGAGCCGCUGGAUGAAAGCUCAGUGAAGAAGAUGAUUCUCACAUUUGAGAAGCGAUCCUACAAAAACCAGGAGCUGCGGAUCAAGUUUCCAGACAAUCCGGAGAAGUUCAUGGAAUCCGAGCUGGACCUCAAUGACAUCAUUCAGGAGAUGCACGUGGUGGCCACCAUGCCUGACCUGUACCACCUUCUCGUGGAGCUGAGUGCCGUGCAGUCACUUCUCGGCUUGCUGGGACAUGAUAAUACAGAUGUGUCCAUAGCUGUGGUCGAUCUCCUCCAGGAGCUGACAGACAUAGACACCCUCCACGAGAGUGAAGAAGGAGCAGAAGUUCUCAUCGACGCCCUGGUGGACGGGCAGGUGGCCGCAUUGUUGGUGCAGAAUCUGGAGCGCCUGGAUGAGUCUGUGAGGGAGGAGGCUGAUGGCGUCCACAACACCCUAGCUAUUGUGGAGAAUAUGGCCGAGUUCCGUCCGGAGAUGUGCACAGAGGCUGCCCAGCAGGGACUCCUGCAGUGGCUGUUGAAGAGGCUGAAGGCCAAGAUGCCCUUCGAUGCCAACAAGCUGUACUGUAGUGAAGUGCUGGCCAUCCUCCUCCAGGACAAUGACGAAAACAGGGAAUUGCUGGGAGAGCUGGAUGGCAUUGACGUGCUUCUUCAGCAGUUAUCCGUAUUUAAAAGACACAACCCCAGCACCGCUGAGGAGCAGGAAAUGAUGGAGAACCUGUUCGAUGCGCUCUGUUCCUGCUUAAUGCUCAGCUCCAAUCGAGAGCGCUUCCUGAAGGGCGAGGGGCUGCAGCUCAUGAACCUCAUGCUCAGGGAGAAGAAGGUCUCCCGGAGCAGCGCCCUGAAGGUGCUGGACCAUGCCAUGAUUGGGCCUGAAGGCACAGACAACUGCCACAAGUUUGUUGACAUUCUUGGCUUACGGACCAUCUUUCCACUCUUCAUGAAGUCUCCUCGGAAAAUCAAGAAGGUGGGAACCACAGAGAAGGAGCAUGAAGAGCAUGUCUGUUCGAUCCUGGCUUCCCUCCUGCGCAACCUGAGAGGGCAGCAGCGGACCCGGCUUCUGAAUAAAUUUACGGAGAACGACAGUGAGAAGGUUGACAGACUAAUGGAGCUGCAUUUUAAAUAUCUCAGCGCAAUGCAGGUGGCCGACAAGAAGAUUGAAGGGGAGAAACAUGACAUAGUGCGGCGUGGGGAGAUCAUAGACAAUGACAUGGAGGACGAGUUCUACCUGCGGCGCCUGGAUGCCGGGCUCUUCAUCCUACAGCACAUCUGUUACAUCAUGGCGGAGAUCUGCAAUGCCAAUGUCCCCCAGAUUCGCCAGCGGGUUCACCAGAUCCUGAACAUGCGUGGCAGCUCCAUCAAGAUCGUCAGGCACAUCAUCAAGGAGUACGCAGAGAACAUUGGAGAUGGCCGGAGCCCUGAGUUCCGGGAGACCGAGCAGAAGCGCAUCCUGGCCUUGUUGGAGAACUUCUAGAAUGCUAGGGAGAGCGUGACGGCCACCGACCCCUGGCUCCCUCCUGGAAACCAUUUUUACAGUUGUAUGGCUUGAACAAAUUAAAGCUAGUUUUGGUAUCCUGGGGCUGACAUUGUAUGUGUAAGCUUCCCGCCAGCCCUGUCCCGCUCCUCCCCAGUGAGCACAGGCACACCUGGGGAAGGCCAGAGAAGCCAGUGGUGACAGGAGACACCUGGUGUGGGCAGCACCCGUUUGUGCACAGCAGUCUGAACAGGGCUCUGGGACUGCCGGGCACAGGGGAUUACCUGCCACUGCAGUCCCAGCACAUCACUACACCCCCACCCCCACCCACAGCCCUGUGCUUCUGUCUUCAAAUGCCUGGAGUAGGCGAGUCUGCAGACACCACCCAGAGCUGUGGCUGCUGGGAGCUCAGGAGCCAGGGAAUGCAGCCAGGAACAGAGGGGCAUGGUUUUCUCACAGGGUGGUGGAAACGCUCUGUGGUUGGUCAUGGAUGUGAGCACACUUCAUUGUGAGCACGCUGAUACCACGGAGUUGUACAUUCUCAGAGGACAAAUCAAAUGAUGUGGUUUCUAAUAAAGCUGUUGAGGGAAGGGGGCUGCUAAGCCGUCGACCUUCAGUCUGGACUGCUUCUCUAGUCUUGCGAUGUGCUUCCCACAGAAUUGUCCUAGCUCUUGUGGGAGUUUGGACGUUACCAUUUGCAACCUUAAGAUUUUAUUCUUGGAUGAGUGUGGUGGUACACGCCUUUAAUCCCAGCACUUGGGAGGCAAAGGCAGACAGAUCUUUGAGUUCAAAGCUAACAUGGUCUAUAGAGCAAGGUCCAGGACAGCCAGGACUACACAGAGAAACCCUGUCUCAAAAAACCCAAAUUAAUAAUAAUAUUAAUAAUAAAAUAGUAAUAGUGAUAAUCUGU